GUCCGCCCCAAGUCCGGGCAUCUCUCUGGGUGGCUGGGCUCGCGGGAGGGGGCGGCCGUCGGGAGCGCCCGGCGGGGUUGCGGCCUUGGCGCAGGUGAGAAGAGAGGCGCGGUGGAGCCCCCGGCACGCACUCCGCGCUCGGCCCGCCGGAGGCCUGCGGCCCGGGCGGCGGAGACCAUGGCCCGCCUCUUCAGCCCCCGGCCGCCCCCCAGCGAGGACCUCUUCUACGAGACCUACUACAGCCUGAGCCAGCAGUACCCGCUGCUGCUGCUGCUGCUGGCCAUCGUGCUCUGCGCUCUCCUGGCGCUGCUCGCCGUGGCCUGGGCGAGCGGCAGGGAGCUGACCUCAGACCCAGGCUUCUUUACCACGGUGCUAUGUGCUUUGGGCGGCUUCUCACUGCUGCUGGGCCUGGCUUCUCGUGAGCAGCAACUGCAGCGCUGGACACGACCCCUGUCUGGACUUGUGUGGGCUGCAUUGCUGGCUCUGGGCCAAGGCUUCCUGUUUACUGGAGGCAUCGUGAGUGCCUGGGACCAGGUGUCCUUUUUCCUCUUCAUCAUCUUCACUGUGUAUGCCAUGCUGCCCUUGGGCAUGUGGGAAGCUGCUGUUGCAGGCCUUACCGCCUCACUCUCACACUUGCUGGUUCUCGGGCUCUACCUUGGGCCACAGCCGGACUCCCGACCUGCGCUGCUGCCACAGCUGACAGCAAAUGCAGUGCUGUUCCUGUGUGGGAAUGUGGUGGGGGCAUACCACAAGGCGCUGAUGGAGCGGGCGCUGCGCGCCACCUUCCGGGAAGCACUGAGUUCCCUGCACUCUCGCCGGAGACUGGACACAGAGAAAAAGCACCAGGAACACCUUCUCUUGUCAAUCCUUCCUGCCUACCUGGCCCAAGAGAUGAAAGCAGAGAUCAUGGCACGGCUGCAGGCUGGACAGGGGUCACAGCCAGAAAAUGCCAAUAACUUCCAUAGCCUCUAUGUGAAGAGGCACCAAGGAGUAAGUGUGCUGUAUGCUGACAUCGUGGGCUUCACACGGCUGGCCAGUGAGUGCUCCCCCAAGGAGCUGGUACUCAUGCUCAAUGAGCUCUUCGGCAAGUUUGACCAGAUCGCCAAGGAGCACGAAUGCAUGCGGAUCAAAAUCCUGGGAGACUGCUACUACUGUGUCUCUGGACUGCCGCUCUCAUUGCCAGACCAUGCCAUCAACUGCGUGCGCAUGGGGCUGGACAUGUGCCGUGCCAUCAGGAAACUGCGGGCAGCCACAGGCGUGGAUAUCAACAUGCGUGUGGGUGUGCACUCUGGCAGCGUGCUUUGUGGAGUCAUUGGGCUGCAGAAGUGGCAGUAUGAUGUCUGGUCCCAUGAUGUCACACGGGCCAACCACAUGGAGGCGAGCGGUGUGCCAGGGCGAGUGCAUAUCACAGGGGCUACCCUGGCCCUGUUGGCAGGGGCCUAUGCUGUGGAGGAUGCAGCCAUGGAACAACGAGACCCAUACCUUCGGGAGCUGGGGGAGCCUACGUACCUGGUCAUUGAUCCUCGGGCUGAGGAAGAGGAUGAGAAGGGCACCACAGGAGGCUUACUGUUCUCUCUGGAGGGCCACACAAUGCGCCCAUCACUGCUGAUGACCCGCUACCUGGAGUCCUGGGGUGCAGCCAAGCCUUUCGCCCACCUGAGCCACAUAGACAGCCCUGUGUCCACCUCAACUCCUCUCCCGGAGAAGGCCCUGGCUUCCUUCAGUCCUCAGUGGAGCCUGGACCGGAGCCGGACCCCCCGAGGACUAGAUGAUGAGCUGGACACUGGGGAUGCCAAGUUCUUCCAGGUCAUCGAACAGCUCAACUCUCAGAAACAGUGGAAGCAAUCAAAGGACUUCAACUUACUGACACUGUACUUCAGACAGAAGGAGAUGGAGAAACAGUAUCGGUUCUCUGCACUCCCUACCUUCAAAUAUUAUACAGCCUGUGCCUUCUUGGUUUUUCUGUCCAACUUCAUCAUCCAAAUGCUGGUGACAAACAGGCCCCCAGCUCUGGCCCUUACUUACAGCAUCACUUUCCUCCUCUUCCUUCUCCUUCUCUUCAUCUGCUUCUCAGAGCACCUAACGUGGUGUAUCCAGAAAGGUCCCAAGCUGCUGCACUGGCUCCCUGCACUGUCAGGUCUAGUGACCACACAGCCUGGACUUCGAGUAGCCCUGGGCAUUGCCACCAUCCUCCUCAUCUUCACCAUGGCUGUUGCUAGCCUGUUCUUCUUACCAGCAUCAGCAGACUGCCCUUUCCAAGCUCCCACUGUGUCCUCCAUGGAUCUCAACCUGUCCUGGGAGCUACCUGGGUCACUGCCUCUUAUCAGUGUCCCUUACUCCAUGCACUGCUGCGUGCUGGGUUUCCUCUCCUGUUCCCUCUUUCUGCACAUGAGCUUUGAACUGAAGCUGGUGCUGCUCCUGCUGUGGCUGGCUGCUUCCUGCUCCAUCUUCCUGCACUCCCACGCCUGGCUGUCAGACUGCCUCAUCGCCCACCUUUACCUAGGCCACUUGGACUCCAGACCAGGAGUCCUGAAGGAACCGAAGUUGAUGGGAGCUAUCUCCUUCUUCAUCUUCUUCUUCACCCUCCUUGUCCUGGCGCGGCAGAAUGAGUAUUACUGCCGCUUGGACUUCCUGUGGAAGAAGAAACUGAGACAGGAGCGGGAGGAGACAGAGACGAUGGAGAACCUGACUCGGCUGCUCUUGGAGAAUGUGCUUCCUGCGCAUGUGGCCCCGCAGUUCAUUGGCCAGAACCGGCGCAAUGAGGACCUCUACCAUCAGUCCUAUGAGUGUGUUUGUGUGCUGUUUGCGUCAGUCCCAGACUUCAAGGAGUUUUAUUCUGAAUCCAACAUCAAUCAUGAAGGGCUAGAAUGUCUGCGGCUGCUCAAUGAGAUAAUUGCUGAUUUUGAUGAGCUGCUCUCCAAGCCAAAGUUCAGUGGAGUAGAGAAGAUCAAAACCAUUGGUAGCACCUACAUGGCAGCCACGGGCUUAAAUGCCACCUCCGGACAAGAUACACAACAGGAUGCUGAGCGAAGCUGCAGCCACCUUGGCACCAUGGUGGAAUUUGCAGUGGCCCUGGGGUCAAAGCUGGAUGUCAUCAACAAGCACUCAUUCAACAACUUCCGACUGCGUGUGGGGUUGAACCAUGGACCAGUGGUGGCUGGAGUGAUUGGGGCUCAGAAGCCACAAUAUGAUAUAUGGGGCAACACAGUGAAUGUGGCCAGCCGCAUGGAGAGCACAGGAGUCCUUGGCAAGAUCCAGGUAACUGAGGAAACAGCCCAAGCCCUGCAGUCCCUGGGCUAUACGUGUUACAGUCGAGGUGUCAUCAAGGUCAAAGGCAAAGGACAGCUCUGCACCUACUUCCUGAACACAGACCUGAUACGAACUGGACCUCCCUCAGCCACUCUAAGCUGAGACCCCCACCCCUUCUAAGAGCUGCUAGGUUGUCUGGAGCUAACUGAUGUCGGAAGCUGCUGAUGUAGCUGGGAAUCAUUAUCACCUUGCCCCUCAGCAGGAUGAUUUAUUCCCAGGUCAAUCUGAAUGUGUGUGUGUGUGUGUGUGUGUGUGUGUGUGUGUGUGCACGCACAUGUGCAUGUGCUCACCUGAGUGUAUUGGGAGCAAUUCUUUUCACAAGCUUAGGACUGGACUGCCUGAGCCUCUUUAUCUACCUCCUAACUUGAUUCCAGUAUGUUGCAUACCAUAGAAUCAUACAGAAUUGUAGACAUAUAACUGAAAACAAGGAUUUGUCUUUUCCUCACACCAAGCUUCAAAUAUUGGAAGAAAUCUCCAGAAAUGUCAUUUGACUUGUAUUCAUUUGAACACCACAUAACUACCUAUUAUGUGCUUGCGUAAGAGAAUGAGUGAGUGGCCUGGGAAAUAAACUGAUUCUAUUGCUGU